AUGACCUUCGAGACUGUGGGGCUAGACCCCUUCCCACCGGGGUGCGGUUACGCAUUUUUAAAAUAUAGCGAUCAUAUCGAAGCCCGCCAUAACAAUUUGCCCUGUCGAAUCUUCUUGCCUGAACUCUACGAAAAUAACCUUGGGAUCUUUAUUAAUGAGGUAAGAAUCGAUGCCGCUUCUGAACCGUCGCUCUACAUACAGGAGUCAAUAAUUGCUGAAGCCAGUUCCUUCUGUGCCAAAUAUCAAUGUCAAAUCAGCAUUAAACGCAGUGUCCUCCACAACAAGUGCAAUGUUACGGGUUUAGUAAAGGAUGGAAUCCCAGUUUAUCCAUAUCGAGGUUUGACACUUGUUUGGUCUGCUCGGUGGGAAAAAAGGGUUUCUUCGAAGACCUCGCUUGAAUAUUUUGGCAUGAAGUACCUGAACAUAGAGGUCAGGUCCUUGAAAUCGUCGUGCAUCAAAUUGAACAUCAACUGUGAUGAAAUUUGUACGCUAUACAACUGGCCCGAUUAUGAUAUUGUGAGUGGAUCCAAAUCGAGGCGGGAAUCGGCUUGGGCAGUCGUGUCACAGCCCUGCAGUUACACUGCGAUGCUACCUCCUUUCAAUCCAUCCCAAAUAUUUGAUGUUAAAGCAAUUCAGGGCCAAAUUCUCGGAUAUGCGAAUGACACUGAGAGGUUUUUCUGGGCUGCCGAUCUCAAAUUGUGCCAUUCUGUCUGCACCUAUGCAAGCACAUUUCCUCGCCCAGGCAAUUUCGAUCCUUAUCAGUUUGUUUGUCAAGUAGGAAAUGAACUAGUGGCCUGUGAUCCAGAAUUUUCCAUUCCUAAAUAUUUUAACCCAGCCUCUGAUCCGAACUGGUCUCAAAAAGUAAACAUCAGCGACCACGGGAAGAUAGAGUGCAAAAAUGAGUCCUUUCUUCACGUGCUGAACCCUACUUGCCGCACUACUGUUAACCCCGUCGAGACUCGGAUGGACGAAAUUCGGCUUGAUGUGAUCCCCGUCGUGGAGCCCUGCAGAAAAUCACCUGGCCAACAUAAGGUCAGACUCCGUUCGGCCUCAACUAAGCAGAACAAACCACGCGCAUGUCCGCCAGGUCAAUUUCUGACCAAAGUUCCACCCAAAACGGUCUGA